UCAUGACUGAUAAGGCGUGUAUCAACUGUCUGUCUCUCGACACAACCAUGCCGAUCUCCAAGGAUGUAUUUGGUAAAACUACAGAAGGGGAGGAAGUUACAAGAUACACCUUCAAGAACAAGAACAACGCCAUCGUGAGAGUCCUGGACUAUGGCGGCAUCAUCACUGACAUCAUCGUCCCCGACAGGGACGGCAAGAUGGAGGACAUAAGCCUCGGCUUUGAUGACAUGGAAGGCUAUGCUAAGAGCGGGUACGUUGGUGCUCUGAUCGGUCGGGUGGCUAACAGGAUCGCUGGUGGACAGUUCAGUCUCGAUGGCACUUCCUACUCUCUGGUUGUCAACGAUGGACCCAACAGUCUGCAUGGAGGAACAAGAGGAUUCGGGAAGAGAUUCUGGGAGGCCAAGGUUGAAGGAAACAGACUGAGCCUUAAAUACAUCAGUCCUGACGGUGAGGAGAACUACCCAGGGGAGGUAACUCUGACAGUCACAUACGAACUGACUGAUGAGAAUGAGCUGAUCAUUGACUACACGGCAACAUCGACCAAGGCAACACCUGUCAACUUCAGCAGCCACGGUUACUUUAACCUUGGAGGCCAUGGCUCUGGGAAGGUUCAUGACCAUGUUGUUCAACUCAAUGCAGAAUCUUUCUUACCUGUGGAUGACUACGCGAUUCCAACAGGUGAGAUCCGGAAAGUGGGGGGAACGGAAUGGGACCUGAGGUCCCCCGUACGUCUUGGAGACCGGCUUGGGCAGGUGCCCGGUGGGAAGGGGUUCGACCACAACUUCAAUCUGUCCCUGUCUGGAGAAAGGCGUCUAGCAGCAAGAGUGGAGCACCCGCCGAGUGGGAGGUGGAUGGAGUGCCACACCACAGAGCCAGGGGUGCAGUUCUACACCAGCUUCUAUCUGCAGGACAUGGCAGGAAAGGGAGGUGCCAACUACUCCCAGUAUGGAGGAUUCUGUCUGGAGGCUCAGCACUACCCUGACAGCAUCAAUCAGCCAAGUUUUCCCAACACCGUUCUACGUCCGGGGGAGACAUACCGGCAGACGACAUCGUAUACGUUUGGUGUGAGCUGCUGAGGAACGGAAACUUCGAUCUUCCUUGUCGUAUUUCGAUCAGUUCUCUAACCCGACCCCUAACCCCCACACAACAGACACGCACAUCCAUCCCUUCCUGUUCAUUGAAGAGCUAUUUUAAGUGGUGUCUUUAGAAUUGUGCACGUAAGGAAGCUCCCGGCAUUGAGCAUUUUUCAUAUUUUCUGGGUAUUUAGGACUGUAUUUUUCUGUUGUAGAAAAAUGUCUGGUUAUGAUGUAAUCUGAUCCAUGUGACCUCCUGGUUCCACAAAGCGAUUUUAACGCCACGGAUGUCGGAAGUCAGUGUUAAAGAUUAGGAGUUAUACCGACUUAGGAGUCAAGCGACCGUUACACUUGAUUAGAGAAACACUCUGAAGUCCGACUGAAGCUAUUCAUCUGAUAGUUACUCACGUAAGAACAUAGUAUUUUCGUUAACUGUUUGUUAUUUAAUUCUUUCAAAUAAAAACCUUUUGUUAAUA